AAACCAAGGCCCUGAACGUUUUUGCGUCUCUGGCGACGAUCAUCGAACCAACAAUGAAGUUGAAUCCUUUAAUCGCUGGUUCAACGCGCGUUGCGGUCCGCAUCAUCAAAAUUUCUUGGUCUUUCAUACAACAUCUUCAAGAAUGUAAUGAAAAUACAGAGAGGGACUUCAUUGCCAUUCGGGCAGCGCAGCAGAUUCGUCGACCACAACGUUUGGUAAACAAGCGACGCGACCGUAACAUCAAGACCUUAACGGAACAGCUAACAUCCAGCGCAAUUGAGAUAUAUGAGUUUCUCGAUGUGGCGGAAGAAUUCUUCGAACCCGAUCAGCUUGAUAGAACGGCCGAUGGGCUGGCCCGUCCAGCGCCAGAAAAUGACGAUCUAGAGGGCCAGGUUGGUAUAGUUGCUGAAGAGCCAGCUCCAGUUCAUCGUCAACCUGUUCGUAGACGCCGGCUGUCAGCUGAAAAUAUCGAUGAAGUUCCAGCUAUCCCUGCUUUUAUUGCCGUACUCCAUAUGAUCUGUUUUCUUUCCUCAUCUGACACAUAA